AUGAUAUCAAGAAGCACCAGCAUAGCACCAUCAUAUCUGAUGUGGAUUAAACUUCUUAUUUUUAUUUCGUAUUUUAAUCGUGUCGUCGAUGCUCAAGUAUGCACGCCGGAUGUUUGUAAUAAGCAUGGUACUUGUAUGCCGAAUGCAAUUAAUUCAUUUGCUUGCCAAUGUGAUCCGGGUUUUGUUGGGCCGACUUGUAAUCAAGAAGUAGAUGAAUGUGAAUCACAGCCAUGUGCGAAUAACGGCACAUGUACUGACUUAGAGAAUGGGUUUCUUUGUCAUUGUUUGCCGGAAUGGAAUGGUACUCUAUGUACAGAAGCAAAGAAUCCAUGUCAGUCGUCGCCUUGCGGUCCUACUGGUAAAUGUAUUGCAACUAAUCAUGCACAAAUUCCUUAUUAUUGUCAAUGUUCCGAUGGACAAAAUACAAUGUUCAAAUGUGCUGAUCCAAAUCCAUGUUUGCCGAAUCCAUGUGGUCCAGGAGAGUGUGAAAUAACUGCUAAUUUACUCAAUGGAUAUAUAUGCCGUUGUUUUGAUGGUACGAUUCAAAUGACAAAUUGUUCGGCGCCGAAAAAUCCAUGUGCCUCGAUGCCAUGCGGUUCACAGGGACGAUGUUUGGUUUUAAAUGCAGCACCAAAAGGAUAUAUGUGCAUGUGUCAGGUUGAUAGUGUUUCGUAUACAACGAUUGAUACGUGUCCAGUGACUAGCUCAUUUUGUACACAUAUGACAUGUAAAAAUGGUGGAAAAUGUGUUCCAUUUUCCGUGGAUGAACCAUCGUGUAGUGUUGAUCAAAUUGGCUCGACUUGUUGUCAAUGUCCACCGAAUUUUGCUGGUUUACGUUGUGAACAAGAAGUUGAUUUAUGCUCAUCGAAUCCAUGCAAAGCGAAUGGACGUUGUCAAUCCGAUAAAUCUGGUUAUCGAUGUCAAUGUUUUGAAGGAUACACGGGUGAAGAUUGUGAUGUUCGAAUCAUGAAUUCCGGUUGUGCAUCAAAUCCAUGUACAGUAGGUAUUUGUUAUCAAUUGAAUCAGAGUGGAGCUUCUUAUGUUUGUAUCUGCCCUGAUGGUACACUGAAUCUUUCAUGUAAUUCACAGAAUUCAACACGAAGUCCUUAUAAAUUACCGGCAUUCUCUACAACGACCAUGACAACAUCUCUAUUUGGUGGCAAUGUCAAAUUUCGAGACGGUAGCAAUCUAAAUUCUGCUCCCGCAGCAAUUUCAACAUGUAAUCCAACAUCAAGAGAUGUAUGCAACGGUGGGCAAUGCAUAUUGAGUACUACAGGAGCAUAUGCAUGUCGUUGUCGUGAAGGUUAUACGGGCGCCUAUUGUGAAAACAAUAUCAAUGAAUGCGCUUCUAAUCCUUGUUUGGGUGGCGGUACAUGUUAUGAUCUUGUGAAUGCUUAUGCAUGUUUUUGUCCCGAUCGAAUUUUUCGACCGCAAUGCAAUACGACAUCCACUGUUAAAUAUACGCCUACAACUUCCAUGGGUAAUCCUAAUGACAAAAUACUGACUGGUAAAGAGGAAAAACCAUUGCCACGAGAAUGUCUAUGUCGUAAUGGUGGUAGAUGUUAUACAACUCCUGGCAGUGGAAAACUUUGUCAAUGUCCAAGUGCAUUUACUGGACCAUUUUGUGAAACGUCGAUCAAUGUAGCAACUCGUAACAAUGCGGGUGCGUUUAGUAGCUGCAGUCAAGUAUCAUGUGAAAAUGGUGCUACAUGCCAAGAACAAGGCUCUAAUUCUGCUUGCAUGUGCAAACCAGGUUUUACUGGUCAACGAUGUGAACUAGAAUAUUUUCGUUGUCAAAACAAUGGUCGUUUUGCAGAUGUAUCGAAUUGUAAACAUGGACGUUAUUUUGAAUGUGUUUAUUAUGGACAAUAUGAUCUAAAUCUGCCAAAUGGAAUUCUCUAUAGUCGUAGUUGUCCACCAGGCCUUCGAUUUAGUACAUUAAGCGAUCGAUGCGAUUAUCCAAGUGUUGUACAAUGCUAA